AUGGAGAAAAGAAAGCCGAGAAUCUCGUAUGGAGAAAAGGAAGGCGAGAAUCUCGCAAAAAUCAUAACAUGCAAUCUCUCUGAUUUUCGAAACCGUAUUCUUCAGUUUUUGAAAAUAAUUUACGCAGGCCCACACCUUGAUUUCCAUUCCAACGUGGCAAAAAAAUUAAACCAAAAUGUUAUGGACAAGAGCACCAACAGCAGCUCUUGGGGAAUAAUAUCCUCUAAUCUAGUAAUUUCUAAGGGUUACUGGUUCUGCUUUCAAUCUGCAGCUCCUUCAAUGGCUGCUUCUCCUUCUUCUUUAUCUCUGCUGUCCUCAUUUAAGGGCCGCCAAUCAUACAACUCCAAAGCGCUAAUCAGCCAAUGGAAGCCUGUGCAUAAACUUUCAUUUCCGAUCCAAUUUUCUAGACAGAACAGAAAUUCGCUAAUUAUUAUGUCUUCUGUUUCGGUUUCGAGUCCGGAAGUGCGGACUGGGAGGCCUGAUGAUCUUGUUGCUUCAAUUCUCUCCAAGGUAUCGCAAACAGAUGGCGGAGUUUCGCUAACUAAAGAAGAGCAUGAGGAGGUGUCUGAAGUUGCUCAGCAGUUGCAGAGAUUUUGUGUUGCGGAACCGGUCAAAUCUCCUCUCAUAUUUGGAGAUUGGGAUGUGGUUUACUGUUCGAGACCAACUUCACCAGGGGGAGGCUAUAGGAGUGCAUUUGGCCGUCUUUUCUUUAAAACAAAACAAAUGAUUCAGGCUGUUGAAGCUCCUGACAUCGUAAGGAACAAGGUCUCGUUUUCUCUUUUUGGAUUCCUCGAUGGAGAGGUAUCCCUCAAAGGUCAGCUGAAGGUUUUAGAUGAAAGCUGGAUCCAAGUUAUAUUUGAGGCACCUGAACUGAAGGUUGGAGCAUUGGAGUUCCGGUACGGCGGCCAAAGUGAGGUGAAGCUGCAGAUAAGCUACAUAGAUGAGAAGAUCAGGUUAGGAAAGGGCUCUAGAGGUUCUUUAUUUGUUUUCCAAAGAUGCAUAUAGACUAAAAAAAACACUGUUCCAGCAAAACAUUCUGCUUUGUAAGUGCUCAGAAAAUCAAACUUCUAUUCUUGUCCUCAUAUAUAUAUAACCCAAAUUAGUUGUGUGCUACUUAUUAGUAAUGGAAGUUUGUUUGGGGUGUCA